AUGGGAAAGGAUUACUACAAGAUUUUGGGAGUCUCCAAGAGCGCAAACGAUGACGAUAUCAAAAAAGCAUACAAGAAGGCUGCGUUGAAAUGGCACCCGGAUCGUAAUAAAGAUAACGAAGCAACAGCAAAAAAGAAAUUUCAAGAUGUGGGUGAGGCCUUUGAAGUGCUCUCAGACAAAAACAAGCGCGCGAUUUAUGACCAGUAUGGUGAAGAUGGUUUGAAAGGUGGCAUCCCUACACCCGAUGAUGCCACUGGGGGUGCCUUCCCUGGUAUGGGUGGCUUCUCAACCGGUGGACCAGGUGGCGGUACCCGUACUUUCCGUUUCACCUCUGGUGGCAAUCCGUUUAGCGGUGCUGGUGGAUUCCAUCCGUCUGACCCGAAUGAUAUCUUUGCUCAAAUAUUCGGCGGUGCGAGUCCCUUCGGCAUGGGCGGUAUGGGUGGUAUGGGCGGUAUGGGUGGCAUGGGUGGCAUGGGUGCUAUGGGUGCUAUGCCCGAUGACAUGCCUGGUGGCAUGCCAAGUUUCACAUCAUUUGGUGGCGGCAGUAGUGGUGGUGCUAGCCGAGGUGCAGACAUGGGCGCAGAUCGUGAGCACAAGACACAAGCGAAAGACUUCGAAACACCUCUGAUGUUGACUUUGGAGGAGCUCUACAAGGGAACUACUAAAAAAUUAAAGAUUGGCAGAACAACAGCCAAUGGUCGCACCGAAGAAAAAGUUGUCACUAUUGACGUAAAGCCUGGAUGGAAGAAAGGAACCAAAGUUCGCUUCGCUGGUGCCGGUAACGAAGUAAGUUCCGGCGUUUCGCAAGAUUUGGUGUUUGUUGUGGAUGAGCGCUCACAUCCACGUUUCACGCGUAAUGGCGAUGAUCUCCGUUUGAUCCAACCACUCAAGCUGAUCGAUGCCCUGGACCCACCGAAGCCCGGUUCACCUGCUUCGCGACGCAAAAUUACAACCCUGGACGGUCGUACUAUUGAAGUUCCACUUCCGUCAGCCGGCCUCGGCAAAACGACGAUUAGUCCAGGUCGCACCACUCGACUAGCAGGUGAAGGCAUGCCAAUUUCGAAAGUGAAGGGCACAAAGCGAGGCGACCUUGUCGUGGAAUGGAAUGUUGAGUUCCCUGAUCGUCUGACGGAAUCACAGCGGACAGCCCUGCGAAACGCGCUGACUUAA